AUGGCGUCGUCGUCUCCUUGGGGCGCUUGGGGCUCGAAGCUGAAUGUGACGUCGAUCGUGUCCCAGGGGUUAGAGCAAGUCCGGAGUCUGCGCGAGGACAUGGAAAAGUCGUUCGACCACGUCGUGACGGGCGUCCCGGGCCCUCGAUCUGCAGUGCAGCUGCAAAUAGAGGACAAGCAGGUCGCGAAUAAGGUGGAGGUGGCGUCGUUGAAUAAGGCGGAUGUCGUAUCGGAUAACGUGGGUACGGUAUCGGAUACGGCAGACACCGUAUCAGAUACGGUGGAUACGGCUAUCGAUGAGGCGGUUACCGUAUCGAAUACGAUAGAUACUGUCGUCGAUACAGCAGCGGUUGCUGUGUCGGGAGAUACUCUAAUCGAGGCGUUCGACCCUAAUGAGACGGUUGAGGAGAACUGUAACGCUAAUAUAGAGCAACAAGCACGACGCGAAGAAGAUACGGAAAUAGAGCAGCUCCUGGAACCAGACGAUCGUGAAGAGCUGCAGCCAGGAGCUACUGCCGAAGUUGUGGACGAAGAAGAGGAGAAGCGAGACGAGGAAUUCGGAGGAGAAGGACGGCAGCAGAAGCUGCAGGAGGAAGUCGAGCAGCUGAGAGAAGGAGAAGAAGAAGAAGAGGAAGAAGAGAAGGACCAAGAGGAGGAGGAGGAGGGGAAGAAGCUGAAGAAGAAGAAGAAGAAAAAGCAGAAGAAGAAGCGGAGGAAGAGAGAAGCAGCUCUUUGUACGACGGAAGAACCGAGUGGGGACGUGGUGAUUGAGGAAAAAGCAGGAGGAGCUCGUGGGGAAGCUGCACAGGCAGAAGUGCUUGUUGCUGUGGUUGAGGACGUGGAAGAGGGGAGUGGAAAUGUGGCGGGAGACGCAGAAGAGGCAGUUGUACGGGCAGAAGACGGUCGUGUUGCUGUCGCUGAUAAGGAAGAGGAGAUUGUGGAUGAUCUGCAGCAGCAAGUGGAGCUCAAAGCGCGCGAGUCGCAGUUGCUGGCUGCAUCGACGACGAUUCGGAACCUGCACGACGAGCUGGACGAAACGCGACGUCGUGAGGUCGUGGCCGUAGAGCGUGCGCAGUUGCUCACGGAGCAGCUGGAAAAUUCACAGCAAGAAGUGGCCAAGCUGACGCAGAUGUAUCGGGAUAGGCAUGGCAGUAGCCAGCGUAAUGACGUGCAGGUGCUGCAAUUGGCAUUGGCGGGCAAGGAGGAGAAGCUGAGUGCGUUGCUGGAUGAAGGGCAGGCGUUGUCGGUGAAGCAAGCGCAGUUAGAGCAAAGAUUACGCUUACUGCGUAAAGAGAAGGACGAGUUGGAGGAGCGAGCACUCAAGGCACAGUCGCAAGCUGAAGCCUCAGCUGGAGAAGUGCAGCGGCUAAUGUCGAAGCUGAAGGCUAGCGAGAAGGAGACGACGUGUCUUGCACAGCGAAAUCGUCAACUGACAAGCAUUGCGGAUACGGCAAGUGCUCGGAUCGAAAAAGCCGAGCACGAUGCGCUAGAAGCUACGCAGCAGCUAAAAAAGUUGCGAGCUCAGGUGGACGAGCUGACGCGCUCUGUAGCCGAUAAAGAUGAAGAAAUUGUGAGACUUGCAAUGUCUUCUCAGUCGAGUGAGUCUCUCCAUCUCGAGAAAGCAGAGCUGGAACAGACCUUGCAGUUUCUGCAAGACAACGUGCGAGAUCUGGAGGCAGAAGGAACUCGUCGUGAGGUAAUGGCACGCGCAGAAAUUACAGACUUGAAGCGAAAGUGGCAGGACGCUUUGGCUCGUGUGGAUCUGCUAGGGCAGAGUGUAUCGGAAGCCACGCAGCCGCUGCUUCGCCAAAUUCAUGCGUUGCAAGAGGACCAGCGUGCGAGGCAAGAAAGCUGGAAAGCGAUGGAGACCACUUUUGUUGCUCGUAUUGAGGAGGCUACGGAACAACGCCGUGCAGCGAUGCAGGAGAGGGUUGAGAUGGAAGAGCGACUGCACGAAUUCCGAGAGAAGGUAGAAAAAGUAGAGCUGGAGCUGAUACGAAAACAAGCUGAGCUUGUUCGUGCACAGGAUACUGCUGCAAGUGCCAAGGCUGAAGCUCGUGCGUUGCAUGGACAAGUUGAUGCGCUGCAGAUCGACUUGGACCAGGCCAAGCACCAGCGUGAUGCAGAGGCAGGAGUGAAAGAACAACUGCAGACUCGAUUGUUGGCUGCCGAGAAGUCGAUAGAAACGGCGAGGGUAUCAUCCACAACGACACUUGAGCUAGAGCAGUCUCGUAAGCGCGAGGAACAACUUCGUCAAGACCUGGAGUGGCAUCGUCAAGAGCUCCAACGAUUGAAAAAUGCAGCGAUGCAAGCUGCUCCGGUGCCAUUAUCCAUAGGCCACACGUCUUCACACCAUCAGAAUGUGAGGCGAAGUCUGGAUGGCGAGCAGUCCUUUUGGUCUGAGAGCGCAGACGGUGAAUCGUCAUCUGAGGCGUCGAUCCUCAAAAUGGCAUUGGCGACUGACCCGCUCACCCUGACCGGUGGUAACACGUCAGUGUUGGGACUCAGUCAGUUGCAGCAGCGACUACGUCUACGCGAAGGUGAAAACCGGAUGUUGAAGCAGCAGCUGGAAACACUGGAGGCCCGUCAAAAGCAGACGACUGAUGAGAUCGUCCGGCUGAGUUCGCGCAAUGCGCUAUUAGAGAGCGGCGAGGCACAAUUGGAGCAAACGCAAUCAGAAUUGGCGAAACUGCAGAAGCACCAAGUGGUGCUGCUUGAGCUGUUCGGAGAGAAAGAGGAGCAAGUAGAGGAGCUACAAGCGGAGGUGAAGGAGCUGAAGGCAUUCUACCGAAAGCAGCUUAAUACGUUGGCAACCCACAGUGAGCAACAGCAGAAGCAGCAACUGGACCAGUGA